AUGACCCGCAAGUGGCCGAUGUUAAUGCAGGAAUGGCAACAAGUUGAACAGGCUUUACCACAACAGCGCACUAUAAUGGAGAGAUCUUGGUUGCCUCAUAAAAUCAAAAUGAUUACACUGGUGGCUACAAUGUGCUCAUUGGCUGAACACUUACUAAGCUGUAUAUCGGUUAUACACUAUUCCAAUUUCUGUCCCAUAACCAAUGACCCAAUUGAGAACUUCUUUCGUCUGUCCAAUGAACAUAUAUUCAAAAUUUUCCCCUACUCCAAUUGGUGGGGUUGGUAUGGUAAGAUAUCGAAUUUUAUAUCAACGUUCACCUGGAAUUAUAUGGAUAUAUUUGUAAUGAUAAUAAGCAUUGGAUUGGCUUCGAAAUUUCAACAGCUUAAUGAGAAUUUAAUGCAGUAUAAGAAUAAGCAAAUGCCACCCGCGUUUUGGUCUGAAAACAGAAUUCUCUAUCGUAAUUUAUGCAGUUUGUGUGAGCGCAUGGAUGAUGCCAUUUCUAUGAUAACAAUGGUUUCCUUCUCCAACAAUUUGUAUUUUAUAUGUGUACAACUGCUACGAAGUCUCAAGUAA